GAACGAGCUUUCUGGGAUCUCCACAGGCCCGUGGUAAGUGAUCGCUCUGUGGCAAAACUACUUUGGUUACGACAGUAUUUUGAGCCUGGAGCUGUUAAUACGACUGAAGUUGAUUUCCGGAAGCUGAGUCGCAGCAGUCGUCUUAAGAUUCCGUCUACUUGUCACCUCCGACCUGGCUCUCAAAGGUACUCUGCUACGAUUGACUAUUUUCGAAAUGAGAUUCAGCUACUGCACGCUUGUCUAGCCCGAAACCCGCUGAAAACCUCCAAAGUGGCCGAAUUCAUGUUUUCCUACUCAGAGCAGAGAUACCAGUUCGACCCGCUCCUGAGAUCUCACGAACCGAAUCGUUGGAGCAGCGAUACGUACGAUCUCUUCGAAUGCGAUAAGACGAGCGAUCAUGUGUGUCCAAAGCGUGUACGUCGGUGGGCGUUGUCAUUCGAUGAGCUUUUGAGCGAUCCUGUUGGCCGUGAGCGUUUCAUGAAGUUUCUGGAAAAAGAGUAUUCCGGCGAAAACCUGCGAUUUUGGGAGGCAGCUCAGAGCCUGCGUUUCAGCUCUUGUAGAUUUGUGCCUAUCAGAGUGACCGCUAUAUACAACGACUUUCUCGGACCAAAUGCGUCUUCUCCUGUAAAUGUCGACAGUAAAGUAAUGGAUAAUACUAAUCGAAAUCUGGAGAAUCCAGGACGCUGGUCGUUUGAUGAAGCUCUGGAGCACAUUUACUGCUUGAUGAAGAACGACUCAUAUCAGCGUUUUAUCCGCUCGGAUAACUACAAAGAAUUGUUGGUCGGUGAAAAGAAAAAGUCAUCUACCAAAGUUUCGGGCCUUCGAUCAGUGAUCUCCUUUCCUGGUAAACGUGACACGUCGAUGCAGGUCAAACUGCAAUGA